AUGGCUGACGAGCAGACUCGACCUGCAGCAACACACAACUCGCCGCGUACAUGGGUGCUGACGGCCGCGUUAUCGCCAUUGGCCGUGCGGCUCAUCCGCCAAUUGCUGUCUCACGGCGACUACGUCGUCGCAUGUUUACCACCGCAAGAAAUUGACCAUGAGCAACGCAGCGCCGAGUUUCGGGAGCUCAUUGCUGAGUGUAAGAGCAGUCGCAAAGACCGUGAAGGAUGGGAGAACCGCAUUCGAGGCAUCCGCUGCGACGGAAAAAUGAGUUCUUGUAUUUCUGCCGUCGCCGAUGCCGUGACGGUCUUUGGACGAAUUGAUAUUCUCUCCCCAAAACCAAAAAAAAAAGCUGUUGUGGCCACCGUCGAGGAGCUUUCAACCAAUCGACAUACGCAAAGUCUUGCUAGACAGCAAUUCGAAAGCAACUUUUUCUCGCAGGUGAACUUCAUAAAGGCGGCGCUACCACAACUGAGGAAACAACACACAGGACACAUUAUUGCACUCACAAGCACCUGCGGCCACCUCGGGACGCCUGGCAUGUCCAUGUUCUCAGCCGCAACGUGGGGCUUCGAGGGAUACUGUGACUCUCUAGCUUACGAAGUGGCACCCUUUAACAUCAAGGUGACGAUUGUGCAGCCGAAUUUGGAGAUUCAGUCCCUGACUGGUCGUCUCACAUUUGCGCCGCAGAUCCCCGUCUAUGUUGAUGCGUAUACCGCGGCGCCCAACGUACGAGACAUGCUCAGCAAUGUGCUGAAUUCGGAUCCCGAUACAGCCGUUCCAGAGUCCCUGGAGGAGUCUGGAGUUACGCCAUCCACUCCGGGCAGCACUUCGUUGGAACCAGAACCGGGUCGCGGAGUAAUUUUUGACCGCUAUGCCAGGCUGUCCCCUCAAGCCGCGGAUGCCCUCGUCAAUGAAACCGUUCACGCGCUCACGGCGAUUGGCGGGCACGAAAACCCCCCAUCGAGGCAUAUUGUUGGAUCAGAGGCUGCACUGGUCGUCAAGGAGAAACUCAAGACCGUCACAGAAGAGAUGGAGGACUUUGUGGACUCUAGUCUGGCCGUUGAUAUCUUCGAAAGUGAACUUACGGAAGAGGCCAAAAAGGGUAAAAGGCCGAGGGACAAGAGCCCGGAAGCAGGAGGGCGAAGCCAAAUGAGUCAAUGA